AUGGAGAACAACCCCACUGAGAUCGUCCUCCAUCCUCUAGAGCAUUGUUGGACCAUGUCGAAUAUGCGCCGGAGCGCGAUGGACUUCGAGUUCGAUGCAGUCGCGCCCCAGCUUGGCGCGUCAACCCUCGCCGCGGGCCAGGAACAGGGACCGAUUCGGUAUGAUCCUCAUCACGCGCCUGCGCCACAUCGCCAUCGACAUCGACUGUCGCAUUAG